AUGUCAGCAUCCACCACCUCUUCGUCUUCGGUUGAACAUGGUUUCAAUUUCUCUAAAUUCUAUUCGGGUGAGUUUGAGAAAAUCUCCGAGCACAUCUAUCGACUCAACAUUCCAUAUGCCAUGGCCGAAAAGGUCUUUCCCAAAUUCACCAUUCCCGUGAGUGUUUUUCUCGUUCAUGAUUCCCUUCAAUCCCGAUAUUCCUUGGUAGAUGUCGGACCACCAGGUUAUGAACAAAUAAUCAUGAAGGCUCUUGCUAAAUUCUUUGAUAAGGGUGAAGAGGAAGAACAUUACAAACAAGCUCUUUUGGAAAUUGAUCAAGUACUCAUCACACAUUUUCAUAUUGAUCAUUGUGGAGGAGUUAGAAAAUUAUGGGAAUAUUCGGAUCAGGCCUUGCCCGUCUAUUCUCAUUCCCAAGAUUUGGAAUACAUUCGAGAUGGUAAGAAAUUUCGAGAACAGAAAUCAGAGUAUUGGUUGUUUGGUAUGACUAAAUACUUGUUUAGUGAUCCGAAAAUGGAAGUGCCUUGCCAGAACUUGGACAUGAUUAUGAAUUCUAAAGAAAGUACCAUCAAAGCAACAACUAGGGAUUAUAUAAAAGAAGAGAAGAAGAAUGAAACAUCGGAGAAAGUGGUGGAGAAUGGUCAACAAAUUAUUGAAGAAACACAACAUGAAACUAAUAAUUCAAAAUCAUCCACAAUUGUGGAAUCGUCUUCCAAUGCACCACAUCGCCAUUGUUUGUGUGCAUGUCAUUGUCCAGGUCAUACAGCAGGUCACACUUGUUUUUAUCAUGAGGAAGAUCGAGUGUUAAUUUGUGGAGACGCAUUACAAAAUUUGACAAAAAAGAAGAGCAAGCUAGAAUAUUCCUAUCCACUUUCAUCUUUUAACCUUUCCAUGUCAAAGCAAAAUAUCAAGCAAUUAGUGAAUAGUUUGUCGAAUGAGAUUGAUAUUGUUUUUCCAAGUCAUACCUAUUCAAUGAGCGGGCAUACGAUUGAAGAAGUAUUGAAAUUUGUAAAUAAAUGA